AACCGUCACUUGUUCUUUAGGGGAUGUGACAGUUUUGCGUACAAGUACUAUAUAUCUGUAGCUGUAUGUGCGUAAUUCAGAAAACUUAAUUUAAACUCCAUAUCAGUUCCUAGGGUGAUACAGCGGCUGCUAGAGUAUGAGGCUUAUUGUUGAGCGUCCUACAUUCCCAGUUGAAUGCAAACAUGCGAAAAAUUAAUUGCUUCCUAUUAUUUGCCACUCUAACUUUCCGUUGGUCUGUGGGUGAAAAUAGACUCUAUCAUCUUGACGGUGUAGAGCUUUUCCAUCGAGUGAGUGAUAAGUUUUUGAGCAUUUCUGUCGAUCCUGCUGUACUACUAGCAGGCGUUAAGUUAAGUGAUGAUUCGCUUAAACUUGUCAGAAACUUAAGCCCGGCUUAUAUUAGACUAGCCGGACCUUCGACGCGAUUUGUAAAAUAUCUUGACAAAAAGGAACAAACGUUUUCAUUUAAAGACAAAUAUCACAAUAUCUACGUAACACCCUCAAUGUGGUUUGGCAUUAACGAAUGGUUCCGAUUAGCUAAGCUUAGUCCGGUUUUUGCAAUAUACGAUGCGAACUCUUCAGAAGGAGUUUGGAACCCUAACUCAACGCUACCGCUUUUGGAAUUUUCUGAUAAACUAGACAUCCAGUGCUACUGGCAGUUGGGCAAUGAUUGUGACAACAAAACUUUGGUUGAAUACGUGGAUAAAAUUCACAUAUUGAGGCAAACUUUGAAUGGGUUUCCUGAUCACAUAAACAACUGGAAAAUCGUGGGUAGUGACUUGAGCAAAUGCAACUUUGACGAGACAGAUAGCUCUUCAAACGGAAAACUGUUGGAUGAUUUGGACAUUACUGUUACUGCAAUCACCUGGCAAUCACCUUUUAUUGAUAAAGUGGACCUGGGACUCACGAAAGCAGACCUGUGGACGAGCGUGCCUAAGGAAACUGGGCCAGUAACAUUUGAUUCAGCGAUCCAGUGGGCCAUUGAAGUGGGCCAAGCUGCAUUGUUGGGAAAUAGUGUGAUUUUUAAGGAGCUCAGAUUGCUAGAACUCACCCAUGACACUCCAGUGUAUUGGUUUUCUGUUCUACAUAAGCGGCUGAUGGGCUUCGAGGUACUCAGCGUGGGAGCUAAAAUAAAAAAAAAAGAUCUACUAGUUUACAGCCACUGCGCUAGAAACCAAAACGGCGACAUUUCGCUAUUCAUGGUGAAUAAUGGCUCCGAAUCCACAUCGAUCAAACUUCGACUGGAAAAUUAUCAGUCAGAUGUAGUAACGGAAGUACAUUCUUACUUUUUGCAGGCCGCAGACGAUGCUUCCCUGGGAGUGCUAUUAAAUAAUAGAACUUUGACUGCUGAUAUGCUUGAAAAGCCCGAUGAUGUUCUACGGCCAAUAUUAAGAAGAGCUAACGUUAGGCCGUUUCUGACUUUUAAAGUUCCUGGUAGGGCGAUAGCCUUCUUUGUUCUUACACGGGUGCAAUACGCAAAAUGCAGUAACAGCCAUUACAGCGAAGAAGAAGUUACUUCCGUUCUGGAAGAAGUUGAAAAUGUCCAGAAGAAAAGUGCGUUUUUAAAGUUUGAACCAAGGAUAGGGAAUUUGGUUUCUCGGAGUCAUUUUGCGAGCAAAAACACUCUGGAAGCUAUUCGAGAUAAUAUCUUAAAGGAGGCAGAAGUGGAUAAGUUAUAUUAUGAUUCAAAUAACGAAAAUUUACAUCCUAAGCCCAGCCUCGUAGGAAAAGCUGAUGGUAAGCCUAGGGCACUUUACAAACAUCUGGAUAAGUUCAUUGAGCAAUCAAAGAAUCACAAUAUCAAAUCAGAACUUAAACGAAACAGCAAAGACCAUUUGCACCUAUCAAUAGGGGAAAUAGAAAACAUUUUAAAACAGCGAGCGCGUGCCAAAGCAGCGGCUAGAAACAUUCGUCUCACUAGCGCAGAAUUGGACAUGUUAGUUGAGAAAGCCACAUUGAAAAUUCCAAAAUACUUUGUAUCAAAACGCGAUAUAAACAGAGCCUUGCUAGAGGAAAACGCACAAGGUUACCAGAACAAUAUGCAUAAUGAACAUUUUAAUGACGAUAAACAAUAUGAAAUUAAAAGGAUGAUGAGAAACAUUAAUAUGCCACUAUUAAAUUUGAAGUCCUUGCAAGAGGAACACAAGAAAUAUUUGUUUGACACUCGAAAGCCUCAAGCUCAGAAGGCGAAGCGGGAUAUCAAUCUGGAUUUGGUGAAACAACGAACCCAGGUUGGUUCGAAAAGGACGUUAUCACUGCCCAAGUUUAUGAGUCAAAACUAUGCCCAGGAAAGUAAGGGCGUUAGCAAAAAUGCUCCUGUAAAAGUCGUUGCUCAAUCCAGUGAAGAUUUAUUUGAUGAUCUAAUGCAAUUUGAAGACCGAACGUUUGAAGAUUCACUGGCCGAACAAGAAUCGUUUCCAGACUUGAGUGACUCAAACGAUGAAGAAACUAAACAUUAUUUUAUCUCCAAAAAAGCGAACAAUGCAAAAGUGUUUGCUAAGCCCCAGUAUCCUAAACUAGUAUCAAUGACUAAUAAACCUAAAAAAUCUUUACCAGUUCUAAAGCCCUCCACAGAAAUGGGACUGCUGGACGACGAAUGGUUUUGCGAUGGGUUCAGGUUUUCCGAAGAAUUGAGUGAUAGUUUUAGAAGGAAGAAACGCAAAACAUCAACGGAGGCGAUUACCAAAGAUAAGUUGAAAAACUUGAAAACGACUACCAGGAAUGAAAUAAAGAAAUUGAAGCAACAGUUGAAGCUGGAGAAAACAAGCUAUCUAAGACAGAAAUUGAAAAGUAAGAAACAUUUGGCGUCGAAAUCGAAUAUUCAAAAAGUGCCUAAACACAACGUGAGACAACUGAUCGAGAAUGCUGUUAGCGCAGAAAACGCAAUCGACCACAAGCAGAAACGAUCAUUGAACGCAAACGGUAUAAGUUUUGGAAAGUACAAAUCAAAAGUCUCGGAGCUGGAAGAUUGGAAACCUGCGGACAUUUUAGGCUUAAAGCAAGAAGAUAUUCCUUCUCCGGUGCAAGGAAGGAAGAGAAGCGACUUUGCGGAAACCAGACAAAAACGUUACAUCGAUGAUCAGUUGGAGAACGUGAGUGAUAAUAAAAUUUUCGACGACGACCAGGAAUGGAAGCACGACCGGGAAGAUCGAGUAAAAUUGUUUAAUUAUGAAAAUGCGAAAUGGAAGAAAGGAACUCCAAGGAAGCUGCUGAAAAACUGGAAUACUCAGAGAAAAGAAUUGGACACGUCUAAUAACAACACCGAGUUUGAUGCUAGAGUGACUUCAGAAGAUCAAAUACGGCGAGUGGAAACCAAUCAAUUGAAUAACCUGAUUUCAAAAGCUGCUCCUGAUCUGUAUGAGGAUCAGGAAAUAACAACUAAAAUACCGUACAUAGAAUCAGCAACUACUAAACACAUUAUGAGGUCGAACUUGACUUACCUGGAAAGAGUUUUGGGUAAAAAUAAAGCAAUUCCAAUCGAUAUGUUCUUUAAAAACAUCAAAUCUGCUUUUGAGGGAGUGAAGGACUUUGUGCGAAAUAUUGUUUAGCAGUUUAUGUUAAUAAAGAAAUAGAAUUCCAUGUCAAAA